UGAAGCCACGACAGAUCCCCAGAGAAUGAGUGACCCAUCUGACACCUUCCACAUGCCCCGUGGCCAGAUGGGGGACCAGAGCCUUGGAGCCCAGAGGCUGAUGGAGACCAUGCUGCACUUGAAGAAGACCAUAGAGGAGUGCCUCAGGCAGCAGGCCUCGAAGCACCCGCAGCGGGAGCUGGUGCUGGAGGAACAGGGGAGCAGCCAGGCCGCCCAGGAUCAGGCGGCCCUCCUGAGCCACUUGAUGUGCCAGGUGAUCGGCCUCCUCCAGUCUGGGGCCCCGGGUCUGCCCAGCCCUUCCCUGGGCUCUGGGGGUGAUGUUGGUGCUGAGCAACAGGUCCAGUCACCCAGGCAGCUGGACCAACCCCUUCACCAACUGAGUGAUUCUGAAUCUGCAUUUGGGACCCAUGAUCUGUCCACCCGGGGGAUUGCCACCUCCACGUUGUUCCAGGCCAGCAUCCGGGACUACCAGUCCUACCUAGGGGACAAAUUCCACAAGGACAAGAACACCUUGGGCUUCAUUAACCUUGGUGUCAGUGAGAACAAGCUCUGCAUUGAUCUGAUGACCAAAAGGUUGAGUCAGAAGGAUAUGAACUACAUUGAGGAAUCCCUGCUGCAGUAUUCUGACUUCAGAGGACAGCCUUUCCUGCGGGAGGAGGUGGCCCGGUUCCUGACCUAUUACUGCAAGGCACCCAGCCAACUGGAUCCAGAAAAUGUGGUUGUUCUGAAUGGUUGCUGCUCUGUCUUCUCUGCGCUAAUCACGGUUCUAUGUGAUCCAGGGGAGGCCAUUCUGACCCCCACACCUUUCUAUGGUGGCUUGGUCUUUACCUCCAACCUGUAUGCAAACGUCGAGCUGAUUCAUGUGCACCUGGACAGUGAGGUCACAGAUGGAGAGACGCCUCCAUUCCAGCUCACAGUAGGCAGGUUGGAGCAAGCCCUGCUUGAGGCUCAGCUUAAAGGAAAAAAGGUCAGAGGCCUUCUGCUCAUCAAUCCUCAGAAUCCCCUGGGUGAUAUCUACUCUCUAGACUCACUGAAAGAAUACCUGGAAUUUGCCAAGAGGUACCGCCUACAUGUGAUUAUCGAUGAGAUUUACAUGCUCUCUGUGUUUGAUGAAUCCACCACGUUCCACAGUGUUCUGAGCAUUAAAAGUUUGCCUGACCCUGACAGGACCCACAUGCUCUGGGGUAUCGGUAAGGAUUUUGGCAUCUCUGGCUUCCGUCUUGGUGUGCUCUACACCCACAACAAGGAGGUGGCCUCUGCCAUGAGUGCCUUUGGCUACGUUCACAGCCUCUGUGGCCUCAUCCAGUACAAGGUGUGCCAGCUGCUCCAGGACAGAGACUGGAUUGACCGAGUGUACCUGCCCACUAACCGCUUCCGGUUAAAGACAGCUCACAGGUAUGUCACCAACAAAUUGCAGGCGCUGAAGAUCCCCUUUCUUAAGCGUGGCUCUGGUCUCUAUGUCUGGAUCAGCUUGAAAAAGUACCUGAAUCCGUGUACUUUCGAGGAAGAGCUGCUCCUCCACCACCGCUUCCUGGACAACAAGUUGAUACUGUCCCAUGGCAAAUCUUACCAGUGUAAGGAGCCUGGCUGGUUCCGCCUCAACUUUGCAGAUAGGCACCUCAAGCUUGCAAUGCGUCGGUUCUGCCAGGUGCUAGAGGAGCAGAAGCUGAACGAACCAGAGAAACUCACAGAGGAUGCGCUGAGGGAGUAGGUGGCCUGCCUUCUGGCCAGCGACUCCAACCAGUCACGUGCUCAGGGGGAGUCCCUGAUGUCAGUCUUGCGGGGAACACUGGCUAUAGCCCUGGUACUGUGACUGAGCCAACAAUGGGCUCCUCCAGAAAUGGGGUCGUCUGACUCAGUCAUCAACCUUGUUAAACUGAAUAUCUGUCAUUUUUAGAAACUUUGCAUCUUUUUAGUCCUUGCUGUUACUAAUUAUUGCGUAUUUGGAGUGUUUUUGUAGGGCUAGGAAUGGAAAAGCCUAGAGGAAUAAAGGGAACACUCUGGGUCCCUUUUUGAUGGGUUUAUUUUUA